AUGAAAGAAUUCUCAGAAUCCUAUUCAACAAUAGAACUAAAUUCAAUUCUCUAUGUUCCUCAAAAUACAGAUCUACAAUUCCAGCUCAAAUCUAUUCCAAAAGCAGAACUAUAUAUCGAUGGUAAUCUUGUUGUUGGAUCACUUGAUGACAGAUUUGAUUGCGAAGAAAAAGGUGAAUCAGUUGUGACAACACCUAGGCAGUAUUUCACAAGAGGAAAUCACUAUAUUAAAAUUAAAUUACUUCCUGGAUGCGCUAUGUAUAAUCAAUGUAUUAGCUUGAAAUGGAAAUUCUAUAGAUGGUAUAGAAAUAAUCCUUCAGAUUUUGAAGAUAUACCGGCUAGAUAUCUAGGAUUUAACUAA